CCCCCUACUGCGUUGAGGAAGCCAAAAUGUGCAUCCCCGGCGUACAAUAACUUAUCGAUCAUCUGACGAGAGAACGAUUGAACUUCAUGAGUAUGGACGUUCUCUAUGACGACGAGGAAGACAGAAGAUCGCUCUCAUUCGUAUGGUUUUAACGGAACGAGAUACCGCUGGAUACGAAUGCCACUUUCGCUGCGACCAAACAAAUAGCCCUGGUGCAUCAUUUGAUAAGAAAAAAAUGUAUGACUGCUGAAACGACAUAUUCUUGGAGUAAUGGGUUUUAUGAUACCGUCUCUUUUUUAUCUUAAUCUUAACACUUGUAUCGUCAUCAAUAAAUCGACGGACAUGAAACAAAAAAAUAGUGCUAAUAGUACCAGACUGAAAUUGGUACGAAUUAUUAAACUAAGGAGUUCUGAAAUUUUAAUGGAGCACAGUGUACAGCUCUUUCUAGGAUGAAAAUAAUGUUGUCAUUUUAUCUAGAUAUACCAAUACAUAUGUAUUGUCAUACAAUUUUAGUAGAUUUAUCGCGGAUAAAUAUAUGAAAUGAAUACACCAUUUGCCAAGGAAGAUUCUUGAUAACAAUAGAAAAAUGGAGACGGUGUCAGUGUGAUGUCGUAUUGUGACAUCACUAUGGAACUUGUUUGUGGUGCUCGUCUUCAACUUAAGUGGUUACUAUUUAUAUCCCAGAUUUUAAGGUAUCUCUCAUAAAGAAAUUCCCUUGACUUUAAAUGCGCUAAAGGAGUGGUACCUAUUAUCUUUACGAUUCUCUUUUCGCUUUCAUCAAUGUUUAUAAACGUAUAUAAUGUCAGUGUGCUGCGCCAAUGUGAUCUUUCUCGUAGCAGCAGCUACUGCUUAUUAUACUGUAGUUAAUAAUAGAUUAAUAAUGACUUUUAAGAACGUCCUUCUAUUUUCUGCAUAUUGUAAUAAUUAUCAUCGAUCACUGAAUUAGUCAUUAAAUUAGCAAUUAUCAUUCAAAUAACGAAUUUAUAGCAUAUUUUAUUAAUUCUUUAUAUUUUUUAUUAGAAUACUCAAUUCUCUGACAAUCAUCCAUCACCACUAUCUAUCUAUAUGUCACCAUUUAUUAUUUCGCAUAUUGCUGUCCUUAGUGUCAGCUAAUAUCAUGCAAGAAGGAUCAAAGAUAAUCGAUCAAUCAACAGGAUAUAACGAACCACUAUGCGGCUGCUCAUUAAAUAUUGAAAUGGAGUUUUCAAAAAUAGUGUCAUGGUUCCUACAGAAGAAAUACUCGACUGAAACGUAUCUUAUGCUGAUGGGAGUUGCACUAUUUUUACCAGAAUGAUAAUGUUCGGCAGCCUCUUCGCUGUUGUAGACCUCAGAGAAACACGUGAAAUACCACCAGAUGGUGGUAUAUGGACAAAAUGCGGGGGUUGAGGGAAACUUAUAGAUAUAAAUAUAUGUAUAUGAUGGUGGUAUAAUGAUCAACGUGCGGAAGUUGAAAGAAACUUGCAAAGCAGUAACACGCGAGGUGUCAAGUUCACAGUGGCGCAGUGGUGACCCACGUGGACGGUGACCGCACUGUGGCGAACUAUAGCUUAACCGAAGGGGAUACAGCAUACCAAAGCUUAAAAAAUGCGGUGAACAACAGUCGUGAAUAUGUCAGGACGAUUUCGAUCGACUCCACCGUGUAUAGGAGAAACAACCGACCCUCCUAGGGUCAAGUCUACUUCCAUUUAACCUCCUGUGCCAGUCCCGCGCGCGCAACCGUCACAGUCACACCGUGACUCCCUUAGUUUGUAUUACUACCCCUAAACGAGAAUUUCGAGUAUAUGAAAGAUAUUUGCUUUUUGUCUCGCAUUAUCCUCCUUCGGUGCGAUCGAUUUAGUUGCGAACAGUGUGAAAAAAAAUACGGUGUGACAAUGAUGCAUUUUUGAAUAGACAGAGUUAGAGCAAACGGAUGGUGCUGCUGAAAGAUUCACCUCCGCCAAAAGGCGAGAGCCAUAAGAAGGAUUCUAAACCGGAACAGAAGAGGGGUCGAAGAUCAAGAGGAAAUAGUCCUGGAGAACAAUCAGUUGGUUCGCGAGGAAGUAGCCCAGGAAAGAGCAGUUUCGGGUCGAAAGGGAAAGGAAAAAAUAGUUUGCCAGGUUCCAGAGGAAGCGAAACCGGCAGCAUAGAAAGACUGGAGGAUGGAGAUAAAAGAGUGAUCGCUUCGCAGCAUCUACUUCCGGAAGACAAUAUAAACGUCGUCGUCAGGGUGCGUCCGCUUAGCAAUAAGGAAAUUAAAUCUGGUGACGACACAGCCGUUCAAUUUCCUGGCGCAGGUCAGAUAUACUGCGAUGGAUUUCAAACUAGUGGCGAAAAAAAGGCUAAACUUUUCUCGUACAAUGUCGUUUUUGAACCCGCCGCCACGCAGGAAGAUAUUGUUCAAUAUUCUGGAAUCAAACCGCUCAUCGAAAUGGCCGUGGAGGGUUUUAGCUGUACGGUAUUUUGUUAUGGACAAACCGGAAGUGGAAAAACGCACACGCUCACAGGACCCCCUGGAUUGUUCAACAGGAUGAAUCCUUAUUCGGAGGAUCAUGGAUUGGUGUUCCGUUCGUUCGUCUACCUUUUCAAAGUCCUGCAGGAACGCCAGGAAUGUAAUUUCGUCCUGAAGGCCUCCUUCCUGGAAAUAUACAACGAGAAGGUAAUAGACCUUCUGAAUCCCGGAACAUCUCGUAAGCCAUUGGCGGUUAGAUGGAGCAAGAAAAUCCGUGGCUUCUUCGUCGAGAACCUCUUCACGGUCGAGUGUGAGGAACUGGAUGACCUUCUAGCUGUACUAGAAGAAGGAAUGAAGAAUAGGUCAGUUGGCACGCACAAUAUGAACGACCAUUCCAGCAGAAGUCACACUAUACUCACAGUGCACAUUACAUCUGAGCAGCAGAUGGAAAAUGGUGUGUUCAUCUCCAAACAAGGAAAGAUCAACUUCGUCGAUCUGGCAGGCAGCGAAAUGACCAAGAAAACUCAAAGCGAAGGGAAGACCCUGGAGGAGGCGAAUAAUAUUAAUAAAAGCUUAAUGGUCCUGGGAUACUGCAUCGCCUCGCUCAGUGAUGGAAAACGCAAGAGCGGACAUAUUCCGUAUCGGGAUAGCAAGCUCACGAAACUUCUAGCGGACAGCCUAGCAGGGAAUGGAGUUACGCUUAUGAUCGCGUGUAUAUCGCCGGCACGUUCAAACGCCAGUGAGACUAUCAAUACUUUGCGAUAUGCCGCAAGAGCAAAGAAGAUUCGUACAAAGCCUAUUGUAGUCAUGGAUCCAAGAGAAGCAUUGAUUCUCAGUCUGAAGAGGGAAGUGGAUGCUCUGCAGAAUGAAAAUGAUCACUUAAGGGCUGCUCUUCAUUUAGGCGAUGGUCAGAGUGCCUCACGAAACGAAGCUAAAGGAGAAAAACGUCUGCCGCUAUCGCCACCACCAGUGGAUUUGGAUAAACUGGCCGAGUUGGAAGGUCCUGAAUUGAGUAAAUUGGUGCGCUCUUAUAUAACUGAAAAUGAGGCUUUACGUCGUGAGAAUGCUGAGUUAUACGCCACUCGGGAACAAGUAAUGAGAGAUCAGGAACUCGUAUGUCGCGAGAACGAGAGGCUCUUGAAGAAGCUCGAGGAUGUGAACUCUGUAUGUUGCCGAUCACCAAUUAUUCCUGCUCGACCAACCUAUUCCGCUGAAAUGUUGAACAGUGCCAAUGGGGAUGACGCACCAGGUGCCACGAACGUCUGGACGAAUCCUAACACCGACUCCAGUCAACCAACAUUCACCACAUCUAAGGAUGCACCUGGGGUCGGAGUUCUUAGAAAAUUAGUUCGAGGAAUGCCAAAGGAGGUGCAGAAGGAGCUGGAUAAACGACGCAUCGUCGGUAGCUCCAACAACAUUGCGGAAGCCUACAAGGAUAAGAGUCAACAUCGUCGCAACAACUCCUGGGAUAACGGGAACGGUUCCUCUGACAGUCUUGAUCAGACAUCAUCUCCAGUUGAUGCUAAUCAAAAUAGGAAGGCGACAUUACGUCGGACUUCAACCGUCCCUGACGCAAGGAAUCCAAGAAGAACCAUUGAAGGACUCACCGGCCCUGUUUUGCCACUCGGUCAUUCUCUUAACGGGACACCAGACUCCGUUCUAAGCGGUCCUCUCGUCGAGGGACGAACUUCCGCACCGGACACGGCUGAAUCUCUGGCACCUACCGUGCCAUUUCCGGCUGUAUCGCAGACACCGUCACCCUUCACCUCACCAGAACCUGAUGAGACGCACGAGGGUACCAAUGUUUCCUUAAGAAAAAGUCGAAUGAGGAAUACCUCGAAUAACGUCACUGGGGCGAAGGACGAUCGUUCUGCACAUCGUGCUUUUGGUAGUUUAGUAUCGCUUGAUGAUGAUGAGUCGCAUUUUUAAUUCCAUUGAGUGGGCUGUGCAUUUGUAAAUUUAAAUUGGCCUACGUUAGGCCAUUUUGAUUAAGUGUGGCUCAAAUUUGUAAUUUCUUCUUUUCUUUUUAUUAGGUAUCUUUUAAUAUCUGUUUAAUUUCCUAUCUGCAAAAGUGGAUUGUUGGUUGAAAAGGGACCCUUUCAUAAUGUAUGAAUGUAGAGUAAGAUAUUUUAAUAUUGAGCUCUCAUUGACGUUGAAUUAAAGAAUAUUAAUCUAUUAUAAUAAAACGGGUGAUGAUGAACGGCAUGUAUAAUAUUUGUUGACAUAGUAUUUCACAGUGUGGCUGACAAUACCACUCCAGGUAGUAUUUGCGCAAAUGUAAAUUAAUAAUUUUCUUCACGACUGUUAUUCCAAAUGUCAGUUAUAAUAUUACAAAAUUACGUUUCGUUUGGACAAUGUAGAUUAUUGUACAAAGCAUAAGGCAAUACGUAUUGCGACGAUGUCAUUAUGCAUAUAAGAUUAACAAAGCUAAAUCGACAAAGAAGAAAGAAAAAACGAAUUUUUUUGUCUAGAUAUAUUUGCUUGUUAAGAGAUUAGAGAAAAUAAAGUUUAUCAUUGA